UCUGCAGUUCAACAAGAAGACCUGAAAGAGCUGUAGCAGUCACUACAAGAAAAUUCAGAGCUGACUAAGUGAUUCAGUGUCAGUGUCAGUGUCAACAUGUGGAGACAUCUACAAGUGUUGAUGUUACUGUCCGUGGUGGUCUUUGCUGCUGCCCUGAACACAACACCGCCAGUAUGCAGAAAUAACACAUCGUGUUUAAAAACUGGAGGACAGUGCCAAACCAGCUGUCUACCACCAAAGCGUGUGAUUCCCAACACUUGUAGAAAAAGUUGCAAGUGUUGUGCCGACGCAUGCAAUACUACAUUGUGUACUGCCGCCAAAGGUUACUGUAUUCCUAACAACGAACUCUGUAUUGAUGGCAAGAUAAAGCUCAACCUCUGUCAAGGCUACAACUGCGGUUACUGUUGCAUCCCAAAUCCAUGUCCAACUCCCAAGUCGUGCAAAAAGUACCAGGGAGGUUACUGCAACACAAGCUGCAAUGCGAAUGAACGUCCAAUUCCUGGAUAUUGUACUGCUAACUGUACAUGUUGCGCAAAAACAUGCAAGCCAUCGAAUCAGUGCACUAGAGCCAAUGGUAACUGUACUUAUCCCAGUGACUGUGCUGGGAUCACAAAACUGGGACUUUGCAAAGGCUUCGGAUGCGUCUGUUGCCUCCAUGGCACAACGACAACGAAGACAUCAGUGAAAACAACGUCAACGACGAAAACAACGAAAACAGCAACAAUACCAACAACAACAGCAACACCAUCAACAGCAACAGCAACGACAACAGCAACACCAACAACAGCAACGACAACAGCAACACCAACAACAGCAACGACAACAGCAACGACACCGCCAACAACAAUCUCAGCAGCAACAACAACAGCAGCAUCAGCAGCAACAACAACAGCAGCAUCAGCAGCAACAACAACAGCAGCAACAACAACAGCAGCAACAACAACAGUAGCAACAACAGCAGCAACAACAACAGGAACAAGAUCAACAUAAAAAAAACACGAGCAGGAUAAGUAAACACCACAUUCCAGCUUCUAACAACAACUAAAAGACUCAGGAAAUAGUAAUGAUUGCAACCAACACACCGAGUUUGAUGAAUCCUGUUAAGCCGGAAGGGACCAGUGGUUAAUAUAAAACCCACGUCAAGAAACACUUGUCCUGUUUCAUGAUAAACCUUACCUAACCUAAGUGGUUAACACUGCGGCCUACGCGUCGUAGGACAUUAACUUGCUGUAAACACGAAAGUAAACACUAAUGAUAACUUAAGAAAAUAAUUCAUCAAAUGAUAUAUAAGUAAAUUUUGCCUAGCUAGGUUUACAGCCUAUUUAAUGCACUAAUAUUAUCAAAGCUUUGGUUUACCUAAAAACAAUUAUAUAGCUAAAAUAAGAAUUAAAACAUACUAGCAGCGUAUAGGCACAGAAAUGCUAACAUCUUAGUGUGCAUACCCUUGUUAUUCGUUGUCUUGGCAUAAUGUCAAAGGAAAUUUGUCCUGAAGUAUACAUGAUUUCACGAUCGGAAUUUUAGAUUAUAUAACAGAGGCAUUUCGCAGACUUACUGGUCCACACGUAAAAAUUAAAGAUCACAUCGUAAAAGUUGAUGACAGGUUUUCCAUAUCACAAAACAUACUGGAUCACCACACAACAGUAUCCAAGUAUGUCUAAAGGUGUAAGACCUUCUCUAAUUAGAUUUUCAGUCUGCUAGCCUUACGUCUGAAGAUGCUUCUACAAAUGCAUGUUUCAUGAAUUAUUGUUUUCGGAUAUUUGACGACGUAUGAACUGAUUAAGUUUAUUAACUGAACGUGGACCUUUUCAUGUCGACCCUGGCCUGGAUAUCUUCAACUGUUAUACAUCACUGGAGUACAACAAACAAAACCUCACCGAUUUGUUCUGGUAAUGUACGAGAAUCCUACACUGAAAAAAAAAUCAUCCAUGGAAAUUAUACACGGACAAAUUGGCUUUUGGUAAUGAAUUAUAUAAAGACAUCACGAUUUAGUAACUUGUUUAUUUCGUAACUAGAGCACAAAUAAAUAAUAAAUACCUGCAUGAGUAUGCAGUUUAAUUAAAUUUAAUGCAAUUUAAUAGAAUUUAAAGAGUUUUCACUUUGAUUUUAUAUACAUGUACUCUUUUUUCAACUUGGUUUUUACUAAUUAUUGGAGUUUAUGCCGUAUUUCCUUAAUAUGAGACAUCAAAACAAUGAAACAACUUUUAAAACAGGCGAAAGGAAAAACAAAAGGGAUAAAAAUUUACCAUAUAAAAGGUUCUCGGUUCAUACUGCUUGGGGAUUACUGAUUAUACUUAGUAACUCAGGACAUAAAUUUUACAUUACUGAUUCUUGGUUUAGAUGUACAAGUUUUACAUGUAUAAGUAGACGUCACCAGUGUGCCGUUCACAAUCUGUUUAUAAUAAAUUACAUAUGACUUACAUGAUAUAUGCAAUAUAUUAUGCAUAAUCAAGACAAGACUUAUUCUUUUGAUUUACAGCAGCAAUAUUUACAUAACUA